AUAAUCACAGUAAGCUACAUUACAGCUAGUUAAUCUACAAGGAUAAUUUGUUGAGUUUUAAAAUUCUUUAUUAUUUUAGCAUUGAUAGUGUUCAAUUUCCCAUUUUCUUUUAUGUAAAAGAUAAUCAUAUUUAUAGUAUCAAAAAAAAAACAGAAAUCUCACUCAAAAGCCCCUUUAUUGAUUUUGUGCUCUUUAGGUAGGACAAAGUGAGCUCCCGGGGAACUAAAAAUAAAUCAUUUAAAAUAAGUAACAUUCAAAUCGAUAUUUAUUGAUUAUUUAAAGAUAAAUGGAGAGGAAGUUAUUUAACACUUCCACAAACAUAAGACAUGAUUUAGAGAACUAUCAAAAAAUUUAUUUACCUUUUAAAAUACACCUAUAAAAUACAAUGUAAUAAUAACUUGAAAUUCAUAAACAAUACGAAUAAACGUGAUAAAAAUAACCCGUCAGAAAUUAACAAUAUAAUGGAUAUUUCACAAGUCAUUUUAAUACAUUAUGAGAAUGAUAGAAACUGGAUAUUAUGGCGUAAUUCUACGCUAUUUUUAUUGAUUCUUUGUACUGGUAUUUUUAUAUCCAUUGAUAUUUAUACAAUAUCUGAUAGAAAGUAUAAUUUAAAUGGGAAUAAUUAUGGAAUUGAUGAGUCGUCAGUAAUAAUUAAGAGAACAAUUAAAAAUAUUAUUGAAAAAGACAAAGAUAGUAGUACAGUUGAUUUCAUGAAUGAUCAAUCUAUACAUUGGAAUAUUAAUGAUAAUAACAAUAAUAAUAAUAAAAUGAAUGAAACUUUAAUAAGAUCUCACUAUUCAAAUCCUUAUAGAUUAAAAAACUACAUGAAUAGUAUUACAAAAACAUGUUUAAAUAUGGAAUCUAUUGAUUGGAAUAUGAUGUUAUGGAGAGAUAAAGGAAACUUUUAUAAUGAACAACAUAUACGAUUGGUCAAUAUAAAUGCUAAAGGCGCUCAUCUUUUCAGUGAAGAUGUAAAUCAAUUGAAGAAUCAAAUGUCUUAUAAAAAAGAAGUUACUCAACAAUUUGACAAUCUAAGUUUUCUAUUAGCAUAUCCUUCUGGGAUUAGUGUCCACAUUAAUGUAAAAAAUAUCAGAUUACUACCGGAAUAUGAAGAUGUUGAACAUUUAGCUAGUGAUAAUGGAAUUGUUAUGGAUCCUUCAAGAAAGUCGAAUAUGCAACAUUGGCGUAAACCACUUGAGACAAUCAUUAAAACAGCAUGUCGGUAUCCAUUACCUAAACAAUACUAUUUGGCUAUGCAUCCUUAUUUAGAUCGACAUACAACUGCUAGAAGACAUAUAUGCCAACCAAAUAAUGUUAAUUCUCGUUUAUGUCCUGCUAAUUAUCCAAGUGGAUAUAUAUUUUAUGAUCGUUCUAUAAAUGGACAAUGUACACAAAAUCUUCAUAAUGCUAUACUAAUUUCAGAUAAAGCUUCAUAUCUACCUCCUCAACUAAAUAGUUUUUAUUGUACAAUUAAUUCACCAUUGGUCAAUAAAUUAUUUCAAGAAAACAUUAUAGAAAGUCAAUCAUACUUAAAAGAUAUGCACUGUGAUACACAACGACGUAUUUGUCAAACAUGUUUAAAACAAUCAUGUUUCAAUAGUAAAACUGAAGUGUUUUCAGAGACAAAUUUAAAGAAAGUUCAAAACAAUUUACUUAGUAAUCCUGGUGAAAUUGAAACUAAUCAUGAUUUUAAUGAAGAAAUAUUCUAUGGAAAUUUAUUGCGCGUUAAUACUAUUGAACAAAAUAUCUGGCAAGCUAAUGAUCCUGACUGUUGUGGUAUUAAAUGUUAUUCCAAUCCAAGUUGCCUUGAUUAUUUUGGUUCCCGUUGUGAGAUGUAUACAAGUAGACAUUCGAAUGCAACUGAGAUAUGUUUACAAGGUAAAACACUAAAAUUUACUUUAAAUCCUGAAUUUGACUUUACUAAUGGGACUUAUAUAUGUCAUGUUCGACAUCGUCCUCCGAAAAUCAUAUACACUAUUGAAACUUGGUUAACCCUUGAAAUUCAAGGUUUACCAAAGUUAGUAUGGAGUAGUGCUCGUUUAAAAUAUAACAUUCAAUUAAUGAAUAACGUAAAACCUUCAAGACGUAAAUCAAACAAAGUGAAUUAUUAUAUUCAAACUCUGGAGCAACGAUUUCUAAAACAUGGUAUUUUGUUGUUAUGGAAUGAGAAUAUUUAUUUAGAGCAUAAGACAAGUUUACCUAUAUGGGAUGAUGCAAUUGUGCAUAGAUCUGUUGACAAAGAAAUAUCACUGUUUCAACUGAAGUUUUUGAAAGAUUUUGGAACUGAACCUCCUCCACUUCAAAGACAUAAGGAGGAGAAAUACAUAGUUGUGCAAUUCUCUAAACCAUUUCAAUACAGUACUUCUAAUUGGGGCAAUCAAACAUGUCAAAUCAAUAUAAGUCAUAUUCAUCGUGCACAACCAAUCUAUGCAGAAAACACUAAAGUUUCAAUAGAAACUACAUCCAUUCCACAGAGAACUACAUCAAAUGCAUUCCUGUAUACAUUGAAAAAUUCACAAAAAAGAACAACCAUUGAAAUCAAAUCUCAUAUAAAUCAUUCCUUAUUAUACACUGCUGCUUGUUUAAACGGACUAACGUUUACACAAUCCAUACCCAAUGAAUUUAAUGAUAGAAUCAAUAUCCCAAGCUCAACUACUACACAUAAAUCAACAUAUAUUCAUUUGAAAUUAUAUACUGAAUCAUUAAAAUCAUUAUCAAAUUUAAAGAAAACUAGUAGUUUGAUCCCAAAUGAUCCACAACAUAUUUUAUAUGAAAAAGAUUUAAUUCUAUUAAAUGAUCAAUUUGAUUUCGUUACAAACUAUUCUAAUAAAAAGAAAGAAAUAUCAUUUCAAAUUCAAUUGAAUAUUGAAUAUAUUCAAUUUCCAAUUGUAUCUACUCAUUUAUUUCAAUCAGUAUUAUUAAUAAUUCAUAUUAAAGAUUGUUUUACUGAUUAUUUAUUAAGUACAUUGUUGAAUGCACAAAACAAUAUUCCAUUGUCAAAAUUAAUAAAUGUUAAUCAGAAUAAUACGAUUAUGUUAAAGGAAUCUUUAUCAAAUCAUAUAGACUCAUUAAGUGCUGAUAAAAUGCAUUUACCAUUUGUGAUUACAUGUUUAAUUAUUGGUCUUUCUUAUAUUAUACUUUUAACGAUAUAUACCAUUUUAAAAAUAUGUCAAGGAUCUAAUAAAUUCCAUACAGACAAUCUAAUUCAUAAUUCAACAAAUUAUAUAUCAAAUAAUGAAACACAACAGAAACAUUAUUCAUCAUUUUCAGCUUAUUCUACAACUUUAUUAAAUAAUUAUCAUAGGACAAGUUCACAAUCUCAAUUAGCUCGUUUAACAUGUCCUCAAAAAGUUUGUAUUAUGAUCUAUUUAUGUUUUCGGGUAUUUUAUACUUUUCUGUUCACUAUCAGUGUUGGAUUAUCAUUUAUUUUAAGCAUUGAAACUGAUGCUACUGUGGAGUUUACUUCAGCAGUACAUAAUAAUCAUUUUAUUACAAUGAAUUCAUUUAAUAAUUAUAAUGGAAAUAUUGGUAGUAGAUUAAUUCUGCCAUCAGUGAUGAAUACAAUGACGUUGACAACGGAUAUAGGUAACAGAUGGCGUGGAGCUAAAGUAUGGGUAUUAGAAGCUGCUAGAAUGGAGGAUUUUUCUCAAACUGAAUUAUUAAGACAGACUCAAAAAGGGACAAGCCAAAUCUCAGACUGUGGUAAACAUUAUGAAGAUCAUAGUAAACAAUUGUCUAGAUAUAUGAUGUAUAUUGGUAGGAAACUAAUCAGCUGGUUUAGCCAAACAAGUACCAACAAUGAGGUUUUUAAUCAUAAUGAUAUAAACGAAAAUUCAAUGAAUUAUCAUUCCGAUAACAAAAUUUUAUAUGAAGAUUCUAUCAGUCAAACUGAACAUGAAAUGUACAAUAUUAAUAGUAAUAAUAAAUCUACACUCCAAUGGACAUCGAAUGGUGUAAAUAUUCAAAUACCUACUAUAGAACAAGAAACAUGGAAUCAUUUGGAACGUACCAGUUGGUUACCUUAUUUAGAUACAGUUGAUGAUUAUCUAAGAAAGACAAGAGAUGAUCUGGAUACGAAAGUUAUUGACUACUGGGCACCAUAUGAUCAACUUUUAGCUAAUCUUCUUACAAACCCAUGGCUUGCACCAGCAUAUAGGGCAUUAAAUACAUCAUGGUUACAAGAGAGGCGUAUAUCAUUCAUGGAUCGAACGUAUUUUGGUUUAGUAUCAAGUGAUUUUUACUCGGAAGAUGAAAACCAAUCGUCAAACGAUUUAACCGCUUUAAAUGGUGCCAGAGAAACACAAUCUUUAAUGCUAGCAAAUUUUAUUGGUGUUCCACAACCUGCACAUGCUCGUUUGGCUGGUACAAGAAUUUGGAAUAGUUUUCGUAAUCUAGUUCCAGGUUUGCCGAGCAAAUUCUAUUAUAAAUUAGAACCAAGUUCAUUAUCGUCAUUCUCUUCAUCAUCAGUUUUAAAUAAAGAUGUUGAAUUUCGAAGAAAGCCAAAAUUGUAUCAUGAUCAUCGACAAAUGUUAUCCAGUGAAGAUUGGUACCAUAUUCCAAGUGGACAGUUGGAUUUAGAUGAAAAAUUGAAUGUUGACUCAUUUACUGAUUUAAAUACACAAUUCUAUCCGUUUGCAACAACUGUUACGAAACGAAAUGGAAAUCCUUCAACAAUUGAUUCAAAUUCUUAUUUUUUAACAUUGACACAAGUUCGAUUAUUGUUAUUGUUAUUAGAUGCCAUUAUUAUAUUGUCUAGAUGUUUUAAAACAUUUGAAUUUAUGCAUAAUAUUUGGUUUGGUGAUAUAAAAUUAAUUAAUGCCAAUCAUUUAAUUCAUGAUCUAAAUGAUAAUUCACAAAUAAUGAUUGAUUCAUUUGAUCAUUCUAUGCAUCAUCAUUCACAACAAACACAACAAAUACAUAGUACUUAUAAUUCGAAUUAUCAUUAUCAACCUCAACUUCAAAUAAGAUCACCUAGACAUAUACAAUUAUCUAUAGGAUCUACACCAUUCUUACAUCCUGCAUCAUGCUCAUCAAAUUUACAUGAAUCAAAUCAUCAUUCAAUCUCUAAUGAGUUCCCCACAUCAAUAGGCACAAAUCACAAUGAAGCAGUGAUUGCCAACCAACCUAUUCGUGUAAGUGAAUAUGAAAGAAAAUCUUCUACAGGGAUUAAAAUAACUCAAAACAAUCCACCAACACUGAAUUUUGAUAAUGGAACUGGACGUUUUACAGCCUGCUACUGUUGUCUUGAUGCUCAUUAUUUGCUAGUGAUAACUGGUAUUGGCUUAUUAUUUAUUGGACUAGUUUUAAUUUGGGCUACUGAUAGACAUGUUCGACCAGGAUGGCUUUUAGCAAAGACCGGUGUAUUAGCUCGAUCACGUGCACUUGAAGACUGUAGACAAAGAACAAAUGCUAUCUUGAAAACCAUUCAACCGAAUCAUAUAAAUAUGGAUUUGAUAAGAUCCGCUAAAAUUAACGCAGCUAAAGAAGCUUAUUGGAUCAAUCAACUGACUAAUAGACUAGAGCAUGUACAAACACAGAUACAAUUACAGCUUAUCACAGAAUUAUGUUUACUGCAAAAAGGAUUGGUAAAUCAUUAUUAUGUCUUAGAUCAACACGCUGUGAGAAUCCAUGUACCAGAGAUAACGGAUACAAAUUCAACAUUUUCAGCUUGUGAACUAAUUGGUCCUAAUUUUCAGUUUACUGAACAAGCAUUAUUGAUUUUGUCUAACUGGAAGUUGGAUCCGCUAACAAAUAAACAAAUUAAACAUACACUAAAAACUCCAGUAUGUCAUUUCUCCCCAGUUGUUCCUGCUACUUAUGCUGAAAGUCAUCUAUCACGUUUAUUAAGAAUGACUAGUUUAAACGAACAAUCACUUCAAAUGAACAAUAAAAAAACUAAUGAACAAAUUACCUCAAAUAAUAAUCAAACAGAAUCAAACAUUCAAGUUGAUAGAAAUCAAUUAGAUUUCAACUAUGAACAACUUACUACAUCAAUUGGAAGUUUGUCAACUUUAAUUAAUGCUAUUUAUCGUUUAUUAUUAACUAGUUUAACAGUAAUGAUGGCUAUGGGUGGAUUAUUAGUCUGUUUGCAUAUGAUUUCAAUUUUGGGACGUAUAAUAAUACGAAUUCCAGUACGUAAGAUUUAUUACACCACCAUCUACCCUCCUUGUACAUCUGUGAACAAUCCAUCUUGUUCACCUACUGUUCGCCAAACACGCAGUCAACAUUCAUGA